AUGUCAUCAUCACGAGCACCUCAAUCGUCGUCGACCUUCGUUCCAGUUGGAAGUCUCAGGCUACGUGACAUCCAUAAGAUCUUCAAAGAUAGAAAGCGAACGAGCCAUGAGGAGAGGCAAACCACUGUUCGCGUGAUUUGGGACAUCAACACUUGUCCUCUACGGGACAAUGACAACGGUUUCGUGUACAAUGCUGCGAGUUUGAGGGAGAACAUCAACACAGCUCUUCAUCAUCUCAGCCCCAAUCUCCACGUUGAGGAGAUAUCACUCGUUUAG